AUGUCCACCAUCGAUGAAUUGGAAGAUGAGGAGGAAUGUCCAGCUAGCGCAAUGUCGUCGGUGCAGUCCAAUGAUCCACGCCUUGAAUUCAUCAGCUCAUUUACAUUGAGUUCAUUGCGACUGAAGCAGGACAAGUGGCAUCGUAUGAUGGCUACCGACUCGUUUCGUGUCAUUAUGUUUGAUUGGUUGCACAACGCGCAGCAGCGCCUCUUAGUUAUGACGCUCAAUCAUAGCGGAUAUUUGGUACCGAAAAUUGCGCUCAGUGAGUUGCACCACAAUUAUGCGGCGCAAUCAACCUUGAGCUCCACACCAACGCCACCAACAACAGCGAGUGUCAUAUCAGCAACACCAACUGCCAUCACGGAUUCGUACGCCGCGUUAGCCAAUCCAGUUGACCACGCAAUGGCUGCAACAGCAGCAACUUCCGAGCCAACAGCUAAAUCUAAUGAUGUAGGCCCACCAAGCAAAGCCGCCAAUAUAACAAGCUCGGCUGCCAUUGUUGCGUCGGCAGCUGCUGUGGCCGCCGCCGCUGUGCUGACGCUACCAAUGCCACCAGCUUCUAGUAGCUUCUCCACACUAGACGGUGUGCCGCGCGGCAAAUGCGUUUACUUUGUGCGUCGAUGCGCGAACAUACCAUUAACCGCAGCUAAUUUCCGUACGCAAAUACUCUGUGGCGAUUUGCCGGUGCACAGCAAAAUAGAAACUUUAUCGCUGCUGUUCGAUGAAGUMUUUCAGCCUUUGCUCGAGUGUCCGCCAAAUCGGAAAUCGUGGCCGAAGCCGGUGCAAAAGGAUUUGCAAAUGCACAUUAAAGAGGUGCGCAACUUGCUGGUUGAGAUCAAGGGAAAGACCAACAACCGCACAAUUUUAUCAUUAUUAGUUGCGCCGGCAGUCAUCGAAGAAGUGGCAACACACGUUAAUCAAGGUAAUCUCGCACCAGCCAUCGAGCCCAAGUUUCGCACAUCGCUUGAGGAGAUGUACAUUAACUGGACAACACAGAUACAUGAUAUAAUUAUCGAAAGAUCCGAAUGCCAUAGUAGUAAUGUUCCAGCAAGAAGUAGCAACCAGCCAAUCAAGAGUGUAGUGCUUGUGACUCUCCCCGCGCACGAAAUCGCCUACUGGUCUAACCGCAAGCAAAAUUUGCAAAAUAUUUACGAACAAUUACGCACACCGACACACAAAACACUCACACACAUAYUGCGCAGCAUCGAUUCACCCUACUACGAGCCUUUCGUGAGGGUCUUUAAGCGUUUGGUAUGCGCUUGGCACGAGGCCGAGGACAACACGUUGUGGCUGCAGCCGUUACUACGUCAAACAGCCGCUUUUAACGCUGUCAAUUUUCACGCCGCCGGCGAAUUGGUGAAUCCGCUCGURCAUGUGCUGCAUCUCAUUUGGACCCAUGCGCGCUACUACCGCAGUACGCAACGUAUGAGGGUGCUGCUGCGUUGCGUAUGCCACUUGUUGGUACGGCGCGCCAGCGAGGAUUUGGAUUUCCCACUACUCUUUCAAGGUGACGCCGAUGAGGGUUUGUCCAAGAUAACCAAAUCGAUGGAGGUUAUGGAGCAGCUAAAGUCACGUUUGUUGGAGUACAAGGAGAAAUAUUCCAGCAAUCAGCAGUUGUUGCCCGCCAUACCCAGCACAUCCAGAAUGGCCGCUUCAGCUUCUUCUGACAGCAGCACGGAGGCUUAUGAGCUCUGGCGCUUCUCGCCCGACGAUGUGUUUGGUUGCACACUUGACGGGUUUUUGGCGCAGUUGUGCGAUAUGCGCACACUAUUUGAGGCUGCAGUGUCGUUUCAAAAUCUCGAGAAAAUAGAAUUUGGCGGGCUGCGUGGCAAACAACUGAACGAGCGUGUAAGACAGGUGCACACACAAUUCAAGGAGCACUUUGAGCAAUGGACUCUAAACGAAUUCGAUGCAGCACAGUUGGAUACGCAAUUGCCGAGCAGCAGCAAAUGGACGCACUUUAAGCGACAGCUCCGUAACUUCUUCGCACAUAUACACACGCUGGAACAGAAGUUGGCAACGAUAUUCGUGCAAGCGUACAAGGAUUGCCAAAACUGGGAGCAAUUAACCAAGCUAACGGUAAUGCUUGGCAGUGGCAUCCUACAGCGAGGCACAAUUCUACCGGAACUUCGUGUCAUUGAGUCACAACUUCUUCAUAUCUACGACGACGAGUUGCAGCAGCUGGAGACUUCAGCGCAUAAAGUGCUGCUAGAAUUUGAAUUUCGUGGUGUGUCUGCCAUACCGAUUCAGUUGGGAUUUCCACCUACCGCCGGCGCUCUAAUGUGGUUGGAACAGCAUAUGCAACGCAUAGACGCCCUGACGUCGCGUGAACUGCAUAAUUUUAUGAAGACAAUGUGAGUACAGAGCACAGUUAUAGCUACUUCAGUAAAUGCCUACCGACGACUAAAUACGCGACGUGAUAUUUUGACAACAAAGCUUAGCAAUUUGCAGUUGAAAAUCUGGCACAAUUGGCAGCAGACCAUAUGCAAGAGGAUAGCCGACGGACUUGAUGCACGUGUGAUGACCCUCGGCGACAACAACAGCAACAGCCAAAGCAACAGCAGUUACGGCAGCCGUCAUUUGAGCGGCGCUAGUGGAAAUUACACCUUUGGCGCAAAUUUUCGCAGUGCAAUCACCACAGCGUUGGCACAUUCGCGCAAUCACAAUAGCGACAACAACAGCAACAGCAAAACUCACAUGGGUGUUAGCAAAACCAACAACAACGAUAACAAACAAAACCGCAGCGGCAUCAAAGACGCGMYGAAAUCGAAUGYAAAGGCAAAAUCACUGCAAAUGAAUUUCUCAUCGGAUUUAUUUGGACUUUUGCAAGAGGUCAAGCAUGUGCUGGCAAUGCAGCAGGCAAGCGGGAUGCGGCGCGGCWGCAACGACAUUAGCGUCAACAAUCUAUCAACGUUUGAGGCUGCCGGCGUUAUGGCAACCACUCAGGCUCAACACGAGCUUGAAAAUCAAUCAGCGACGUUGCGGGAGGCAGCGGAAGCGGCUGGGGAAUUUGAAGAUAGCAACUGCAUGGAGUUGGCAGCAGCGGUAACUGCGUCACCGACAGCCGCUACAAAUGCAUCGUUAACACAGCAACAAGGACCGAAUGCGUUGGCGAGCAAUUUGCUGGAUUUGUACGCCGAAAGAGACGAGUUUUGGCAACGCAAAGUGAAACUCAUCAAAAUCUGCGAAUUCUACAAUGGUAUUCGUGGUCUGUCCACUGAUGACGCUUGUGUUGACGGCAUUAUUGGUAGCGCUGCUGAGUUGCAACUGAUUCGCCACGAAGUGAAUACAAUUGACGAACGCGUGGAAGUGGCAUGCGCUACGCUCACAUGGCGCACGUAUGAUACGGCAUUGAUGCAUGAAAUCUAUGAGCGUUCCAAACGACUCUAUAAUCGCCUCAAGCAAACACAGCACAAUCUACUGGCUAUCAUACAAAGUAUACGCCGCUGGAGUCGGGAGCCACUCUACCAACGUUGCGCUUACGGGCGUAACCUAUUAGACGCACAACAGCAGCAGGAACGGUUACGACAACGGCGCGUGCAAUGCGACGAGACACGGCGUCUAUUGAAUCGACUGUUGAUUGCCAAUUUCUGUUUAUUUUUCGAUUAUGACCAGCAGAGCGGCGAGUUUGAAGGGCGUGACGACCAAUGCAUACAGGAGUUCUUACGCAAGUUCCCCACUGCUCAACGACGCAGCUACAACAAGUAUUUAGCCGGUGUGGAGGCAUUGAUUAGUCAGGAAGUGCGCAUGGCUAUUAAAGUCAGUUUGGCGUAUUUUCACAACCGAAUGGUGAACACCGCCAACGAAAAUGAAGAGUUGUCAACUCGAGCAACAAUAACAACAACACCGCCAACAACACACUACACGGCAGCAAACACGUCAACCGCCAACACACCUGCGCAGCUUGGCGCUGAUGAUGAGGACGGCGCUGACGCUGGCGUUGCGGGUGGCACGGGUGCGGGGGCAGAACCACUUUACGUGCCUCAUAAACAACCAGUUGCGGCAGCCGCUGGCAAACAGCGAUUGUUGUUGUCGCCACCCCCGCAGACACCGUUGCCGACAAAACCUGCACCGUCAAUGGCAGCAACGCCUACAACAAYAACAACAACAACAAAUACUAGAGUAAUGUCUGCAAUCAGCAGUAGUGGCAGCAACAGCAGUGCCGCUAUAAUGGCGCACMAACACUUCAACAGGCCGUCUGCCGUGUCGGUAGAAACCGCAAUGCCACUGUUUGAGGUGAAAUUAGAGUUGCUGCCGACUGAGACCGAGACGCAGUCAUCGGUGGCGCAGUCGGCGUCGGAUGUGUGGCAUACAAAUACGGAAAUAUGCUUCGUGCCAUCAUUCAACGUGAGUGWAGAAAAUAAUUUUCAGCAAAUUGUCGAGCAGCUGCUAGAGGACAUACACCAGACUAGCCACGGUUGCAUGCCACGGCGAAUUGUGGACGACAAGACGCUGUCUGAUGACAAUGAAGACGAUGACGACAGCGACGGCGACGGCGACGGGGACGGGGACGAAGAUGCACAUAAUGACAACAACAAUAACAAUAAUUUAAAUGAUGACGUUGGCGCUGUGGUAGACACCAUUGAAUGCAAUAAUAAGGAUUACGUGUUGCAAGCAGAAAAUUUGCGCAGCUUCGCGAGACUGCAACACAGACGACACACGGAAGAGAACCAAAAACAGCGUCAGACACGAAAUGCGAGUUUGUCAACAUUCCAUGAGGUGGCUGUGGCGAAGCGUCUACAGCUGCAGGAACUAGCAUCUAGAGCGGGACGAUCGCAGCAGGGUAACGGAGACCAAACAGGUGAAAGAACUCAGAAUCUCAUACCUGAAACUGAUACUAACGUCCUAAUUGUGAGUUUGGUUGACAUCUCUGCCGACGAACUGCGUCAGCUGAACGCUGACAUACACGCUGCACUCMACACGACRAUUCGCGAUGCCAGAUUCUUCGCRGCGCAAUUCAACGCAUACGCCUUUCUGUGGGAACAGCAGCGAGAGCAGGUGCUACAAGCCACCCUACAAGGCGCACGCGAAAAGGAAGCUGKCGCUGGUAAAGGUUACGCCAUCAUGGAGGCGUYCAAAAUGCAGAUUGACCGCUACAAUGAGCAUCACGAGGCCGUUGAGCAACUACCGGGACAACAGCACAUAARUGGCUGGCUAAGCAUCGACCUGAAUCCACUGAAGUAUGCGCUACUAAACCACGUCUGCAAAUGGUCACACCUCCACAAGCGCUGGCUGCUGCAGUACGUGGAACGCACCCUGAAUGAGCUCACCAACUUCAUCAGUCAGGGUCUGGCGGUUCUCCAGCURCCCGUUAGCUUGAAGCACUUUCGCCGCUUGCUACGCGUGCUCGCUGUUAUGGCRCAAAUCCAGAAGCAUGUCGCCUAUGCGGACAACAUGUUUAAGCCUYUAAAGGACAUUAUGGCUUUGCUGAAGUCUUAUAAUGUGGAAUUUAAUCAACAGUUGCUGAGGAAUAUCGAUCAUUUGCCGUUACAAUGGAAGCAUCUGAAGGAUGUAGCGGCUGCGCGUUCGGAAGCGCUGGAGCAGGCCCAAAGUUUUCAGAAGAAKCGUGUUAAUUCCAUGAUUAUCAUAUUCAUGUGUCGCGUGCAAAAUUACGCCAAACGGUUUUCGCGUUUGCCGUUCUUCGCCGUUCCUUGCAUCAAUGUUUAUGAGCACUGCGAUGCUGUCUGCGCUCGUUUAGACCACCUUGCUUCACUUCAUCGCCGAUACCUGCGCUACUCGAUACUACUCGGCAUCGAUGCUGCGGAUCCAACAACACUACAGCUGUGCAGCGCCGAACUGAGGCGCAUAAAGCAAUUGUGGGACUAUGUGCAURUMAUUGAGGCCUGUAUUGUGGAGUGGCAUGCUACACCGUGGCACAGUAUCGACACUGAUGAGUUGGAAACCGAGUGUAAAAAGUUUACGCGUGAACUACGCACUCUGGRCAAAUGUAUACGCGAUUGGGCGCCAUACACAUACAUCGUGGACAUUCUCAAGGAUUUGAUGGCUUCAUUACGCGCCAUCACCGAACUACAGAAUCCGGCUAUCAGUGAGCGGCAUUGGCUCGAGCUGAUGCAAGCAACCAAGCUCUCUGUCAAAAGCAAUGAAAGUACAUCCCUCGAGCAACUACUUCAAUUGAAGCUGCAUCAGCACGAAGAAGAAAUUAAGAAUACCGUCGAUCGCGCAGUCAAGGAAAUGACGGUGACCAAAGUGUUAGAUGAAAUCAAAAUCACUUGGACGCGCAUGAGCUUCGAAACGGAGCAACAUCAACGGCGCACAGAGGUGCAAUUGCUUAAGGUUUCUGAAGAGCUAAUGGAGACGCUCGAUGAUAAUCAAAUGCAGCUACAGAAUAUCGCGACUUCCAAGAACAUUGAGUACCUGUUGGAUAAGCUAAGCCACUGGCAGCGUAUUCUCAAUGAUAUUGAUGCGUUGAUUGGCAGUUGGUUCGAGGUGCAACGUAAAUGGGUUUAUUUGGAGGCGAUUUUCAUUGGCACUGCCGACAUACGAGCGCAAUUGCCUACAGACGCAGCCAACUUUGAGAUUCUUGACAGCGAAUUCACGCAACUUCUAAACGAGGUUAUACAUAUCGGCAUUGCCAUGAAGAUCGUGCUACACUGCCAACAUAUUUUCAAGACGUUAGCUGCGUUACAGCAACGCUUGGCAGUAUGUGAGAAGGCUUUAAAUGAUUACUUGGAGACUAAACGUUUGGUGUUUCCACGCUUCUACUUCAUAUCCGCUGUGGAUCUACUCGAUAUACUAUCAAAUGGUAAUUGUCCRCGCGUAAUUGACCGACAUCUCAUCAAACUAUUYGACUCCAUACUGCGACUGGAAUACGAACUGGGCGCUGAAGACGGACCGUAUCAUGCGAUUGGAAUGUAUUCGAAGGARAACGAUGAAUAUGUACGRUUUGCAGCUAGGAACGAAGACGCGCCGCAUGUAAAAUGUGCUGAGCGUGUGGAGUUAUGGUUGAAUGGUGUCAUCUUUCAGAUGCGCAGCACUUUACAUGAACUCUUUCGGCGCGCCCUACAUGCACAAGUGAAUCGGUCACGUGAAUCGUGGCUGCAUGAGUGGCCCGCACAGGUCGCUUUGUGUUGCAGUCAAAUAGCUUGGGCAACCGAUGUGAAUCGUGCAUUUGCUUGGAUGGAUGAGGGUUACGAAGCCGCCAUGAAAGAGCUCCACAAACGACAGAUGACGCAACUGAAUUCACUCAUCAACUUACUGUUGGGCGAACUCACACCCGGCGAUCGUCAGAAGAUAAUGACCGUCUGCACAAUCGAUGUGCAUUCGCGUGAUGUAGUCGGAAAAAUUAUACAGGCUAAAAUAGAUAAUGCGCUGGCUUUUCAAUGGCAAAGUCAGUUACGACAUCGCUGGGAUGAUGCCAUGCUCGAGGCAGAGCACCGACCAGCAGCAGCUGACGAGGACUGUUUUGCGAACAUCUGCGAUGCGGAAUUCCGCUAUGCCUAUGAAUAUCUCGGCAAUACUUCGCGUUUAGUAAUUACACCGUUGACGGAUCGCUGUUACAUAACUUUGACGCAGUCAUUGCACCUUGUGAUGGGSGGCGCACCGGCUGGACCAGCCGGCACUGGCAAAACUGAGACCACCAAAGAUUUGGGGCGCGCACUUGGCAUGAUGGUGUAUGUGUUCAACUGUUCCGAACAAAUGGACUACAAAUCAUGUGGCAACAUUUACAAGGGUCUAGCGCAGACUGGAGCGUGGGGGUGUUUUGACGAAUUCAAUCGCAUAGCGGUGGAGGUGCUGUCAGUUGUAGCCGUACAGGUGAAAACUAUACAAGACGCAAUCAAGAUGCAUCGCAAUCGGUUCACAUUUAUGGGRGAGUCCAUCGCUUUAGUACCUUCUGUUGGUAUCUUCAUUACACUCAAUCCUGGUUAYGCCGGRCGUACUGAAUUGCCUGAAAACUUGAAGACGCUCUUUCGUCCAUGUGCUAUGGUUGUGCCKGACUUUGCACUCAUUUGUGAAAUUAUGCUUAUGGCAGAGGGGUUCCAAGAUGCCCGCAUACUUGCACGUAAGUUCAUAACACUGUAUACCUUAUGUCGUGAGCUUUUAUCCAAGCAAGACCACUAUGAUUGGGGUUUGCGCGCCAUCAAGUCCGUGUUGGUGGUGGCAGGCACCUUGAAGCGAGACGAUCACAGUCGUCCAGAGGAUCAGGUACUCAUGCGUGCCUUGCGAGACUUUAACAUACCGAAAAUUGUGACCGAAGACGUUUCCAUAUUCAUGGGACUUAUUGGCGAUCUCUUUCCCACGUUGGAUGUACCACGCAAACGCAUCUUUGACUUUGAAAAGACUAUACGACGUGCCGUCAAUGAAAAUAAGCUACAACCUGAGGAAGGCUUUCUGAUGAAGGUGGUACAAUUGCAAGAUUUGUUGGACGUACGACAUUCGGUCUUUAUAGUCGGCAACACUGGCACUGGAAAAACAAAAAUUUGGCAAACGCUACUUGAAACCUAUCGCAUACAGAAGUUAAAACCCGUCUGUAGUGUGCUUAACCCGAAAGCCUUAUCCAAUGACGAGCUCUUCGGUGUCGUAAACUCGACAACACGUGAAUGGAAAGAUGGACURUUCUCAUCAAUAAUGCGUGAACAGACAAAUUUGCCUGCCGGGAGUCCUAAGUGGAUUGUGCUCGAUGGCGACAUCGACCCAAUGUGGAUAGAAAGUUUGAAUACUCUAAUGGAUGACAAUAAAAUAUUGACCCUUGCAAGCAACGAACGGAUUACACUGAAGMGCGAAAUGCGUCUACUCUUCGAGGUUGGGCACCUUAAGGCAGCCACACCGGCUACAGUUUCUCGUGCUGGUAUUUUGUAUAUCAAUCCGCAAGAUAUGGGUUGGUCACCGUAUGUACUUUCUUGGAUAGAAACGCGGAACGACCCUAUAGAGCGAGGUACUCUAACCACUUUGUUUGAAAAGUAUUUCCCCAGCUUAAUGACUAGGCAUCGUACAUUCCRACGUUCAACGCCMAUUAGCGAAAUGGCUAUGAUACAAAUGACUUGUCACUUACUCGAGAGCCUACUACAUUUGCUUAACCAGGUAAAUCGUAURGCAUCUACGUCACCAGCAAUCGACGUCACAACACACAACCUUGUUAAUCCCAGUGAAGCCACAAGCGGAUCCCUUGACCUCUCAAUCGAAUUGAUAUUCAUCUAUGCAACAAUGUGGGGUUUCGGCUCAGCUUUGCAUCAAGACCACAUCAUCGAUUGGCGACGCGAAUUCCAUAAAUGGUGGAUAAGCGAAUUCAAGGAUGUCAAAUUGCCGACACAAGAUUCCAUUUUCGAUUACCAACUGGAUGUGCGUACAAACAAAUUUCGUCGUUGGACGGAAUUGGCGGCAGAGCGAAAAAUCGAGUCAAUAGAUACCGAAAUGCCAAUACAGUCUUUGCUCGUGCACACGGCGGAAACGGUGCGAUUGACAUACUUUCUGAAAUUGCUCAUCGAACGCAGAUACCCUUGCAUGUUGGUGGGAAAUUCUGGUUGUGGGAAGAGCGCAAUUUUUCGUGAACUUUUCAGUCUGUACGAGAAUGAGCUCGGCGCGAACGAUGUUGAUAGCUUAAUGGAAAGGCAAGCGGUGGGCGUAAGACGACCAAAGCUAAUGUCGAGCAGACCUCGUAACAUAGCUGUGCAGACGACAUAUUUCAACUACUACACCACUUCGGAGAUAUUUCAAAAAAUCCUCGAACGUCCAUUGGAAAAGAAGACAGGACGCUGCUAUGCACCGAGUGGUGCAAAUCGACAUCUCAUUUACUUCAUUAACGAUCUCAAUAUGCCCGAGGUGGAUGUGUAUGGCACAGUGCAGCCGCACACGAUAAUACGACAGUUCAUGGACUACAGACAGUGGUACGAUCGUCAGCGUCUGCAAUUAAAGGAUAUACGUCACUGUCAGUUUGUCGCCUGCAUGAACCCCACAGCUGGCUCUUUCACAAUCGAUCCACGCUUGCAACGCCACUUCUCAGUGUUUKCCAUGCCCACACCCAGCGAGGAGACACUGCAACGCAUUUUCGGCACAAUUUUACGCAGUCACUUGGAGAACCCCUACAACUCGUUCAGCARGGAGCUCAAAAGYAUCGCGGAAUUAUUGGUACAAGUAGGUAUCGCCUUGCAUCGUCGCRUGGAAUGUGYUUUUUUCCCGACUGCGGUGAAAUUCCACUACGCAUUCAAUCUACGUGAUCUCACCAACAUCUAUCAGGGGCUGAUGUACAGCUGUGGUGUACCAACUGACCAAGCURGCGGUGUAAUGUUGGUUAACARCGGCACAAUCUGCAGCAAACCCGCCGACUUGAUACGUCUUUACGUGCACGAGGCCUACCGCGUCUACCAUGAUCGUCUGGUCGAUCAGUACGACAUCAAAGCUUUCAAAGCUACCAUACGCGAUAUCUUCAAGAAGGAUUUUGAGGAUUUCGAUGAAGACUUCGUAUUUGCCGAACCACUUAUCUACAGCCACUUUGCGCAAUCGCUUGUGGAUCAGAAGUACAUGCCGCUACGUAGCUGGGAUAAGCUGCAUCAAUUGCUGAUGGAAGCGCAGGCUAACUACAAUGAGAUCGUAGGCUAUAUGAACUUGGUGAUGUUCGAAGAYGCUAUGAUACAUGUUUGCCGCAUUAAUCGCAUACUGGAGAGUCCACGUGGAAAUGCCUUGUUAAUCGGUGUCGGUGGCUCGGGUAAACAGACACUCGCACGGCUCGCCUCGUUCAUUUCGUCGCUAAGCGUAUUUCAAAUACAACUUAAACGUGGUUUUGGUCUGCAAAAUCUGARAGAAGAAUUCGCCGCUUUAUACAUGAAAGUUGGUCUCAAAAAUGUAGCCUCGGUGUUUCUAAUGUCCGACGCGCAAAUACCAGAAGAAUCUUUGCUAAUGCUCAUCAAUGAUCUUUUAGCCUCGGGCGAGAUACCAGAGCUCUUCAACGAGGAUCAACUGGAUACAAUUGUCAAUGGUAUACGCAAUGAAGUGAAACAAACCGGCACACUCGACACCAAAGAGAAUUGCUGGCGCUUUUUCAUCGACAAAGUUAGACGGCUCUUAAAAGUAGUGCUCUGCUUCUCACCAGUCGGUCAGACAUUACGUGUACGCGCACGUAAGUUUCCGGCCAUUCUUAGUCGCGCCAGCAUCGAUUGGUUUCAUGAAUGGCCAAAAAUAGCCUUGGAGUCGGUCUCGCAGAAAUUCCUCAGUGAAAUCGAGCAGCGCAUUUUACCUCCUAUCGGUUGCUUUAUGGCCUACGUUCAUCACACAGUCAAUCAGAUUUCGAAAAUUUAUUUACAAAACGAAAAACGUUUUAACUACACAACACCGAAAACCUUUCUCGAAUACAUUUUCCUCUAUCGCAAAUUGUUGGUGGCGAAGAACAGCGAGCAUGCCGGGCGCAUUCAACGCUUGCAGAGCGGCAUGUCUAAAUUGGCGGAGUGUGCGUGUCAAGUGGACGCACUGAAGAACCAACUGGCCAUUCAGGAGGUUCAACUAGCAGCAAAGAAUGCCGCUGCCGAUAAACUGAUCGUCAUUGUCAGCGCCGAGAGUGAGAAGGUGAAGCGCGAGAAGUCGACAGCCUCGSAGGAGGAACAACGCGUCAGAAUCAUUGAAGAAGAUGUUUGCAUGAAAACCAAAUUGUGUGAGGAGGAUCUACGCAAGGCGGAGCCAGCACUUGUAGCUGCGCAGGCCGCGCUAAAUACUUUAAAUAAGAAUAAUCUCACCGAGCUAAAGUCGUUCGGCUCACCACCGAAGGCUGUGGUAAAUGUGUGCGCCGCUGUAAUGGUUUUACUCGCUAAAAAUGGUAAAAUACCACGUGAUCGCAGCUGGAAGGCGUCCAAACUAAUGAUGGUACGCGUCGACCAAUUUCUAUACGACUUGGUGAACUAUAAUAAGGACAAUAUACAUCCAAAUAUUAUUGAAGURCUGCAAGAGUACUUGAAGGAUCCCGAAUUCAGUCCCGAGAAGGUAGUGCAAAAAUCAGUAGCUGCAGCUGGUCUCUGCGCCUGGGUUAUCAAUCUGCAUCGUUACCAUCAAGUAUUUCUCAUUGUCGGUCCCAAGCAACAAGCUUUGCAAGAUUCGCAAAAGGAAUUACAGGAGGCACGCGAACGCCUGCAAUACUUAAAGUUCAAAAUCCAGGAAUUGGAAAUGAAGCUCGCUGAGAUACAGGCAGAGUUCGAGGAAGCGGUAKCAGCGAAGCAGAUGUGUCAGCGUGAGGCGGACAAAACCGCAUUCACUAUAGACCUGGCACAUCGCCUCAUCAACGGUCUUGCUAAUGAGAAURUACGUUGGAAGGAGUCAGUGCAAAGCUUACAAGCGAAAAUCGGUACACUACCUGGAGAUAUCUUGCUAAUUUCCUCCUUCUUGUCAUAUGUUGGCUGCUUUACGCGACGCUAUCGCGAGGAGCUUCAGCAGAAGAUGUGGAUGACGACUUUUGCUAAAAUUGAGUCCAYGGUGCCGUACACAAUUGGUGUGGAUCCGCUGACACUGCUCACGGACGAUGCACAGGUCGCGACUUGGAACAAUGAGGGACUUCCGGUGGAUCGUAUGUCGACGGAGAAUGCAACAAUUUUAACACAUUCCACGCGCUGGCCACUUAUGAUAGAUCCGCAGCUUCAAGGCAUCAAAUGGAUAAAAAAUCGCUACGGAGACGCUCUGGUCAUAAUACGUUUGAAUCAAAAGGGCUUCUUAGAUGUGUUGGAAAAAUCGAUGAACAACGGCGAUACUGUCUUGAUCGAGCAAAUUGGCGAAACAAUCGAUACAGUGUUGGAGCCAUUACUUAGUCGAGCUUUAAUUAAGAAGGGACGCUACAUACGCRUCGGCGGCAAAGAGAUGGAUUUUAACGUAAACUUUCGUUUGCUGCUGCACACAAAACUACCGAAUCCACAUUACAAGCCCGAAAUCCAAGCACAAACCACACUCAUCAACUUUACCGUCACGCCAGAUGGACUGGAAGAGCAGUUGCUCGCUGAGGUUGUGAAAAUCGAACGACCCGAUUUGGAGCAAAUGAAGAUCGACGUAACGGUACAGCAGAAUAAGUUCAAAAUUUCACUGAAAGCCUUAGAAGAUGAACUCCUGGUACGUUUAGCUACAGCCAGCACGAAUGUAUUGGAUGAUCAUGCGCUCGUGAUCAACUUGGAGGCGACCAAGCACACUGUGGACGAGAUUGAACUGAAGGUGCGCGAGGCGCUCAUAACGAGUGCGCAAAUUGACGAAGCGCGUAAUAUGUAUCGUGCAGCGGCGAAACGUGCCGCUAUACUUUACUUCGUGCUGACCGAUCUGAGUCGCAUUAAUCCAAUUUAUAAAUUUUCGCUAAAAUCAUUUAUGAAUGUUUUUAAGAAAGCCAUAUCCACGGCACCAAAGAGUAAAAAUCACGAGCGACGAGUUCAGAACYUGGUCGGCGCUAUCACGCUGCAGACGUUCGUCUUUACRAUGCGGGGUCUCUUCGAAGCCGAUAAAUUGACAUUCACCUCGCAUAUGAUAUUGCGUAUUCAAAGUGCGGCCGGACAAAUUUCCAAAGAUGAGUUUGAUUUCCUGUUGCGCUUUCCACAUGACCCAAACUCACUGUCCCCUUUGGACUUUGUUAGCCGCAAAGCUUGGGGCGGCAUAAAAUCAUUAGGKGGAAUUGAACAUUUCUACGGUAUUGACAAGGACCUGGAGAGUUAUCCAAAGCGUUGGAAUAAAUUUCUUGCCAGUGCGGCGCCGGAAAGAGAACAAUUUCCUGGCGAAUGGAAGUAUCGUUCGCCUUUGCAGAAGCUUUGUAUUAUACGAGCUCUGCGUCCCGACAGGAUGYUGUACGCAAUGAGGUUAUUUGUGGAGCUSACGAUGGGCAAGGAUUACACUAAAACACCGACAUCAACGCUUACCGAGAUCUACAAAGAAAUCAAUGCCCACACACCGGUCUUAUUUAUACUUUCACCUGGCGUGAAUYCCAUACGCGAUGUGGAGCUUCUGGGCCAACAACUAGGCUUUCGUGCCGACCAGGAUACGCUAAUUAACAUAUCCUUGGGACAAGGGCAGGAACAAUUAGCGGAAGCCGCCAUAACCAAUGCUCUGACGAGCAAAAAACACUGGAUCGUUUUGCAAAAUAUACACUUAGUCGUCAACUGGCUACCUUCUCUGGAAAAAUUAAUCGAACGUAUUGCUACAGAGAGCGAGACAAAUGAUGACAGCGAUGAAUCUAGUUUUCGUUUGUUCAUCAGUGCCGAGCCAGCGCCAGAUCCCGAAUACCAUGUCAUUCCACAGGGUAUACUUGAGUCGUCGCUGAAAAUAGUGAAUGAACCACCGUCGGGAAUGGCAGCCAAUCUGCACAAAGCUUGGGAUAACUUUUCACAGGAGACUUUAGAAACUUGCACACAAGAAGCCGAAUUCAAAGCUAUACUCUUUGCGCUUUGCUACUUUCAUGCCGUUUCGGGUGAGCGUUGUAAAUUCGGACCACAGGGCUGGAAUAAAUCUUAUCCCUUCAAUACUAGCGAUCUUAUGAUAUCCGCCAAUGUCUUGCAUAAUUAUUURGAGGGCAGUUGCCGCAUACCGUGGGAGGAUCUACGUUAUCUUUUUGGCGAAAUUAUGUACGGCGGUCAUAUUACUGAUGACUGGGAUCGUCGUCUCUGUCGCACAUAUCUCGAAGAGUUACUACAACAAGAAUUGAUCGAUGGCGAUUUUGAAUUAUGUCCAGGUUUUCAUGCACCACCCAAUCUCGACUAUCAAGGCUAUCACAGUUACAUCGAUGAAGUAUUACCAGCAGAGUCUCCCGUUCUUUACGGAUUGCAUGCAAAUGCCGAAAUCGGUUUCCUAACAAGUGCAUCCGAGCAACUUCUCAAGACAAUAUUUGAAUUGCAACCACGUGAAUCUGAGCUUAGUACGAAUUGUAGCGCUCCACGUGAAGAGCUUGUCAAGAUCAUGAGUGAGGACUUUCUGGAUAAAAUGCAAGAUGAAUUCAAUUUGCAGGCUUUACUGAAUCGCGUAGAUCGUAAGACGCCAUUCGUCGUGGUCGCGUUGCAAGAGUGCGAACGCAUGAACGCUUUAAUAUUCGAAAUAAAGCGAUCUUUACGCGAGCUGCUGUUGGGCUUGAAGGGCGAACUUACCAUAACGCCUGACAUGGAACGACUAGACCACGCGAUUUUCUACGAUACCGUACCGUCAGCUUGGGCACAAUUAGCUUACCCCAGUAUGUUAGGCCUGCAAAGUUGGUAUGCUGAUCUCCUACAUCGCAUAAAAGAAUUGUCGAGUUGGCUUAAUGAUUUUAAGCUACCCUGCACMAUUUGGAUCGGUGGUUUAUUCAAUCCACAAAGCUUUCUCACAGCCAUAAUGCAAGAAAGUGCACGCAAGCAUGAUUUGCCUUUGGACCGAAUGUGUCUCAAUUGUGAGGUGACGAAGAAGGAGAAGGACGACAUAUCAUURCCCCCAGUUGAAGGUGCACUCGUGCAUGCGCUCUACCUGGAUGGCGCCAGUUGGGAUUGUCAGCUUAAUUCUAUUGUGCCAUUGCCGUCGAAGGAGCUGCUAUGUGCCAUGCCUGUCAUUUAUAUAAAAUCUAUUGUGCAGGAGAAACAAGAAUCGCAGCGUUGUUAUGAGUGCCCGCUAUACAAGACAAGAUUACGUGGCAGCACCUAUGUGUGGACAUUUAAUUUAAAGACCCGCGAACGACCMGCCAAAUGGAUACUUGGCGGAGUGGCCUUAUUACUUCAGCCAUGA